CUGGACGCGUAUGUGCGUAAGAGAAAUAACUAGACAUUGUUGUUUCAGAUUUUGGUUACAUGUUCUCAGUCUCUGCUCUUUGCUAAGUUCUUUAGAUGAUCAGGAUAAUUGUGAAGUACAAAUCAAGUAUCUAUACUCAACCAAUCUCGUUACAGAAUAGGUACUUGGCGUUUGAAAGAAAAAAUUAGUCUUGUAGAUGAGGUGAAAAUGAAUUCUGGAACGAGUCUCUACCACUGAUUUUUAUAUGCCUCCCAGUGUAGCAGAGAGCUAGAAGAUGCUAAAGUUCGUCCCCUUUCUCUGGUGGUUUACCUAUUUAACUGCUUUAGUGCGUUACACGGGAAGCGUUUCACAAGACUUAACGUGCUACACGUGCUCAAACAAGACAAGAAACUACGAGUGCAACCGAUAUGCUGUCGAUAGGCCUUGUUCUCAAGAGCAAAGUUUUUGUUACAUUAAACACGUCAUGGAUGAAUAUGGAGAAACAGUUCUAGUGGCUAAAAGUUGUGCCACCAGAAGGGAAUGCAAUCUCAAAACUGUUGGAUGCUAUUUUUCAACAAAUAAUCCAAUUAAAAAGAACUGUAUAUCUUGUUGUGACGUUUCAUACUGCAAUCGGGAGAUUCCCACGAAUGAAACCAACGCCAUCUUGUGGAUGGAACGACAAGGUUCUAACAGCGGAUUCAGAACUGUUUUCCACUGGACAGUUUGGUUUAUACCCAUAAAAACUUGCAUAACUUUAAGAAAUCAUUAA